AUGGACAUGACCGACCUUUCCCCCAUAAUGGACGAGAAGAACAUGAUGUUUGCUCAGCACCCGGGUGGCAUGUACAAGAUGGAGCCCGGUUGGCACACCCCGAACAGCAUGGAGGGUGCCAUGACCAGAAACCCGUCAAUUUCGUCCGGACUAGCUCUCUUGGGCGUCGACGACACGACACCCAGAGACCGCCAAGAUCACACAUCCGAUAUGUACGGGGGCGCCAUGCCAUGGACACCUCCUAACGACUUCUCCGGAGCUCCCUAUCCCGACAUGACGAUGGCUACCGCACACAUGGGCCCUCAUCACAGCCGAUCUCAGUCGAUGGAUAUGGCCAUGACUGCUCAUAUGGCGCCAUGGGGAGACGCGACACAACCUGACGGUUUGAUGCAACAUGACGGUCUGAUGCAAUAUGGCGCUAUGCAAACGCCCAACACCAUGGCCGCAGCAGCAUAUUUCCCGAGCCCAUCAACCACACCUAACAUGCGACCAGCCGUCAGACACAAGUCCUCAAACUCGGGAGGAGGUGGCUCAUGCACUUGCUUCACCGUCUGUCUUCAAUCUCUCCAAGCUCUUCACAACGCAUCUUCGCCCUCGACACCGCCAUUCGACCUCGUCCUUUCUCUCAACCGCAAAGCCGUCGAAGGAUGCGCCGCGAUGCUCUCCUGCGCACGCUGCAUGAGUCGCUCAGGAACCCACACCGCCGCGAUGCUCCUCGCAACCGUCAUCGGCAAGAUCACCAGCUUCUACAAGAACGCCAGCCACACCUACUUCGACAACGGCAUGCUGCAGCAAACGGUCAACCAGCUCAGUCCCGGAGGCGGCCUCGGCGUCAGUCUCGGAGCUUACACGCUCGGAGGUGAGGACGGAAGGUGGCUCGAGCUCGAGAUCCUCAACCGCGAGCUUCGCAAGCUGGAAGAGGUCUACGCUCAGUUCCGUGAGGUUUGUGCCGAUCUCUCGGAAGACCCAGAGGUCAGCAAGGCUAUGAUUGGUUACCUUGGCCACAGCCUGGGUACCACCCUCGAAGUCGUCAGCCAUCGCAAGGGAGACAUGAGCUAUGCUUAG